CGAUUCGGAAUGUAACACAAUUGACCAUUGAAUUCACUUUCUUUCUUCUAGCUGGUAGUCCUGCCGUAUGACGAUGUUACAUUCUGUCCGCUUGAUGCGUUCGAUGCCAUCUAGGAUGCUAUUUAAUCUUCGAAGCGUGAAAAAGAGCUCGGUUCCGAUGUGCGUCACUUUUAGCGCGGCUGCUGGAAACCUCAAUAUUUACGAUGAGAAACAAGCGGAUGAAGAGGAGCGCCGUAGGGUCGAACUCUACAAGGAAAUUGACAACAUGAAAGGUAGAGGAUUUACUGAUCCCUGGGAUUUGGAAGACCUGAUGAACUCCAAAACAACGUACGCCGACCUUCCUGAUUGGUCUCCCGCACUUGUGUCUCGCCUAAGUCAAGAGCGCGUGAAGAUCCAUCCCGACAAGAUACCCACGCUCUCUACCCUUGCUCGCAUACCUUUGCCCCCUCCUCCACCUCCGCAUCCUGGCCACGGACAAUUAAAGUUGUAUGCAUUGCAAAGAAAACGCGCUAUAUUCAAAAUUAUUGCCGAGAAAGUUGAAGCAAUGGUGGAGCCGGAAAUUUCUCGAAUUAAAGAAAUUGUUUCGUGGGAAGACAAGCAAGAUGCUGUAGAUGAAUUAUUUGAGCGAGUUGAAUUCUCAUUAAGAGAAAAAGAGGAAAUCCUCGGCAAACAUCCUUUGUUUAGUUCUUGGGUCGAAAAGGCUUUGGAGCAGUAUUUGCAAAGAGUUCAGCGAUCCCAAGAAAUAGAUCACAACGACGCAGAACACAAGGAUUCCACCACGGAAAACACAACGAGCAUGGACGAAGACGCCCUGCCUAAUGCGGAACAAGAUUCGGCCGCGCUCCCUGUUUUUCUUGACUGCUUUUCGGAGAGCGAUUCCGAAGCGGAAAAUUCUCCAAAGAUUCUGCAUCCCCUCAAAUUAUUUGAGCGGGGUCAAAACCUCGGACGAAUGAUAGAAGAGUGGGACCUUGCUGCUCACAAAACUUCAAAACGCAUAAUGAUUCGACAAUGUACGCGCCAGAUUGCUCAAGCUCUUGAAGGACCCGUUGCUCCGAGAGUUUUUGUCCACGGACAGAAGGGAGUUGGUAAAACAGCUACACUGGCGUCAGUUGUUGCCUCGGCUCGUAAAUCCGGGCAUAUAGUUAUGUAUUUCUCUGACGGAGACCAUAUGUCAAAAAACGGAUUCUACAUCGAACCAAAUGCAAAGCGGCCGGGCAUAUUCGACUUACCUAUUCUGAGCGGGCAGGCCUGUCAGCAACUUCUGGAUUGUCACAAAGCUGACUUGGAGGAGUUCAGUAUCAGCAGAGAAACCUUGGAAGUGUAUUUUACUGCUGACCAAGUGAACAGGCUCUCAGGGCUAACCGGUGAAGAAAUGAAACUUGUAGAAGUCCUGGAAUUGGCAGUCGAAAAGACCGCUGUUGCUCCUAUGUGCUAUGCCGCCGCAGUCGAUGCCCUGAUGAAGCAAGAGAAGAAGCCGUUUUUGAUUGUUUCAGAUGACUUCAACAGUUUCUUUCAGCCAGGAUUUUACUUCCAUGCAGAUUACGACUACGACGUAAAGAAAGCAAUUCCGUACGAACAGAUCAGCCUCUUUAAACCCGUCUUGGAUGCAAUGGCCUUGACUGCUGAUGAAGGCACCGAUCCGCGAACCCCAAUGAUGAUGAAGCAGGGUGGUAUUGUCGUAGGAAUAUCGGAAUCGCGGGCCGUCGGUCGAAAGAUCACCGAUCAGCUGGGAGUAAACGCUCGUCUACAAGCGAGCAAUGAUGCAGUUCCCAUGAUUGUAUGUGAGGUUCCUCGGCUAUCCAGUAUCGAAGUAGAGCACAUGCUCGCAAAUUAUGAGGCUAUAGGAUUUGGCAAACUUCGAUUGGACCAAGGAGACGUCGUGUUGAACGAUGACGAGGUUACGUAUUUGCGUGUCGUGUCAAGUGGUGUUGCGCAGAAUCUUAUGGAUGUAUGCAUCAUGUAG